UUUCCUUCUCCUACUUAAAUCCGGGGAGUUAAAUGUUUAAACCGUACUAGCAUCCAGUGGAAGAGUGUUCUGAGAGAGAGAGAAUUCAGCACCUAAAAAUUGUUGAGUUCUUUCUCUCUUAAACCCAAAAAAGAGAAGAUGAUGAAGAGGUUCAGAGUAAAGGAAGCAGCUUUAUUUGCGAGACUCAAACUACAAACUCAUCAGCUCCAACGACAAAGAGGGCUCUCUUCUACUUCUUUCCCAGACUUUGACAAUGAACUUUCCAAUGAUCUUGACAAUCAAGUAUUGGUGGAAGGAAGAGCUUGGUCCAGAAAAGCCAUUCUCAACCGACCCUCAGUUCUAAAUGCUCUCAAUGCUUUGAUGGGGGCUAGAUUGCAGAAAUUAUACUCAUCCUGGGAAAAUAACCCUGAUGUUGGUUUUGUUGUGAUGAAGGGAAGUGGCAGGGCUUUUUGUGCCGGUGGAGAUAUUGUUUCUCUCUAUCAUUUGAUAAAUAUAGGGAAUAUGGAAAACUGCAAAGAGUUUUUUAGAAAAUUGUAUGGUUUCAUAUACAUACUGGGUACUUAUUUAAAACCACAUGUGGCUCUUUUGAAUGGCAUUACAAUGGGUGGCGGUGCUGGAGUCUCAAUCCCCGGCACAUUUCGGCUUGCUACUGAAAAAACUGUUUUUGCUACCCCGGAAACUCUAAUUGGUUUUCACCCUGAUGCUGGAGCAUCCUUCUACCUCUCGCAUUUGCCAGGUCAUCUAGGGGAGUACUUGGCUCUAACAGGAGAAAAGUUAAGUGGAGAAGAAAUGUUUGCUUGUGGCCUUGCUACACACUAUUCACAUAGCUCAAGGCUUCAAUUGGUUGAAGAGAAACUUGGGGAAUUAGUCACCGAUGACCCUUCUGUGGUUGAAGCUUCCUUAGAAAAAUUUAGUGAACCUGUCUAUCCAGAUAAGGGUCUUAUUUCCAGGAUUGAAACAGUUGGUAAGUGUUUCAGCCAUGACACCGUUGAAGAAAUCAUUUACGCAGUGGAAAGCGAGGCGGCUAGAACUAAUGAUGCAUGGUGCACUUCCACUGUGAGGAGACUAAAAGAAGUUUCACCAUUGAGCUUGAAGGUUUCCUUAAGAUCUAUACGAGAAGGUCGAUUUCAGACCCUUGAUCAGUGUCUGAUCCGUGAAUACCGAAUGUCAUUGCAGGGAAUAUCUAAGCAGGUUUCGGGUGACUUUAUAGAGGGGGUUCGGGCACGAGUAGUGGAAAAGGAUUUGGCUCCAAAGUGGGAUCCUCCAACGGUAGAACAAGUUUCCCAAGACAUGGUGGAUCACUAUUUUUCUCCUUUGACUGAAUUCGAGCCUGACUUGGAACUACCAACUAACUUGAGAGAAGCAUUCACCUAAUCAUCCAAGCGCUGUACAUGGAUUUUUCUGUGCCUCUGUUUCCUUUAUUUCUGAUGAAACUGCUUGGUUUGAUAUUGAUUAGCUUUUGGAAAUUUAUUCACACACAACACAUACAGAGAAUAAGAAGUUGCAGAAACAAAUACAGUUAUGUGGAUAAUAAACUUUCUUUUCACAAGCGAAAGCUUACUUGAACUAUCUAUACUGUGCUAUACAUGAGAAAGUGCAGUUCAUUGA